CGAGCCUUUUGUGUAAGAUUAAAAUGGCGGCUUGUAACUCGCGCAGCUCGGUGUUCUUUUUCUUAGGAGUAAUUUUCUUGCUUGUUGUUUGUUUAUCCUUCCAAGUAGAUGCACAAUCUUCAAAAAAUGUUAAAGAGCCUAGUUGGCAGGACAAGUUAAUAGACUGGUGGAUGUCUGUAAGGGUGCAGGGUGCAACUCUUGUCCUUGGAGGUUUGGGCUUGUCAUGGCUGAUUAUCAGGCUUAGAGGAAAAGACAAAUACAGGACUGAGUAUGUGCAACAGAAAAAAUCCGAAGAGGGAAAUAGAGCUAUGAAGGCCUCACCAUCUCUUCUGGAUUCUGAGACCAAUAGCAGAGGAACAGCCAGGUCAGAGAGAAUCAAGAUAUUCUUUGGAACACAAACAGGAAAGGCAAAGAGUUUAGCUAAAGAUAUGAAAUCCAAAGCACAAAGCCUGGGGUUGACGAGUGAGGUGGUGGAUUUAAAGAAUUAUGAACCAGAGGACAGUCUUUCUGAGGAGGUUGAUACUUGUGUGUUUAUAAUCAGCACCUAUGUGGAUGGAAAGCCUCCAGAAAGUGCUGAGUGGUUUUGUAAAUGGCUAGAGGAGGCCUCAAAUGAUUUCCGUGUGCAGAAAUCUCUCCUCAGUGGUUUGGACUAUGCAGUGUUUGGUCUUGGUAAUUCUCUCUACAGGGAAAGAUUUAACAUGGUUGGAAAGAAUGUUGACAAGUGGCUGGGGUUGCUCAGUGCAAGACAAGUCUUUCCUUUUGGAUUGGGAGAUGAAAAUGUAGCAAACAGCAAACAUGGAGGCACCGAGGAAGACUUCAAAUUUUGGAGUUCAGACUUCCUAUUGCAUUUUAAAAAGGAAAGAGGGAACUCAAAGGAGACUGCGUGCCACUGUGCCACUGAAUCAAAAUCUGGUAGCAAUGCCUGCCUCCAUAGCCAAGAAGAUUUUCAGAAGAAUGAUAUUCAAGAUGAUGAGACUCUGUAUGAAACCACUAGUGAAGAAGAUGAUGAUGGAGGAGAUGAUGAAAGAGAAAACAAGUCUGGCUUGUUAGACUUGGAAGAUUUAGGACCUAUGAUGAACACAAUGAAACAAGCAAAGGAAGAAAGAGAAGCUAUGCAGUUGAAGGGUCCAAAGAGAAGUAUAGGUAUGUUACAGUGUUUUAAGAAAGACGAUGGAUGGUACACAUGGAUUGAUUAUCCCAAAUUCCAUCAGCGUAUGUGCAGUUAUGAAGAAAGCAGUGGAACAGAAAACUUUACUGCACUAGACUACAUGGCCAAAACACCAAAUUGGGCCUUAAUGGGACAUGCGCAAAGGGGGUUUGAUCCAGAGGAGACUCGCUGGCACCGCAAGAAGAAGAAGGACAUCAGUGGAUGUUAA